AUGCGAAGUCUUCUGCACGUAAUAUGCUUUUUCUAUGCAUUUAUUGAAUUGCAAUCGAUUUUAUACGAUACAAAUCCUUUUCAAUUUGAUUGUUUGCAUCACUUUUCAAAUGGUUCAUAUGUUUCCGGUAUCAUCAAAUAUUGUAUUCGUCCAGUCGAUGAUCAGAAUUCGAAGAUGAUUAAUUUUUCCGAUGUGAAUCAUCCAAAUUUGACUUUCAGCGAAUUAUACCGUUUGAAUGUCACUUCACAUGAAGUUCUUCUAUGGUCAUCUUCGAUCGAUCUUGCUGAACGAUAUCAGUAUUAUAUCGAUCAACCGACUAAAUAUAAUCGAUUCAAUGAGCAAUUUUUCAAUUGUACAUCACCUUGGUUUGGCUCUCAUUGUCAAUAUUCAUUCGAACUAGUAUCGCAUGUUACCGAAACGCCAGUAAAUGCACAGUCGAAAUCUCAUAUGGCUAAUGCUAUCACUCGUCAAACAUGCUACAUUUUGUUAGAAUGCGAUCGUGGUCUUGCAUCCAUGUGUCUCGAUUGGCGUGAAGUAUGCGAUGGUCGAAUUGAUUGUUUGAAUGGUGGUGUUGAUGAAAGUCAAUGUAUCGAAUUAGAAUUAAAUGAGUGUAAUGAAAAUGAAUAUCAAUGUCAUAAUGGAUUAUGCAUUCCGAAAAAGUUUUGGAACGACGAAUUUGAUGAGGCCGAAUGUCUUGAUAAAUCGGAUUUAUUGAUUAUGCCCGACUGUCCGAAUAUAUAUCUUCAACUUUAUAUUUUCGCCUGCGCAGAAUAUGCAUGUCGACCCGAUGAAGGUCGAUUUCCGUGCGGCGAUGGACAAUGCGUAGAAGACUUUGGUGAAUGUCACAAUGGACGCCAUCUCCUGUUGACUGAAUCACUCAGUGUUCAAGGCAAUCUGCCAUAUGAUUGCUGGAUAACUAUGGUUUGUCUCAGUAAAAUCACCGAUCAAGUCAAUGGAGUAUCAUGCGAACAGUUCGUUAAUCUUUCUCAAAUUCUACCUGGACUAGAAACUUGUGAAUAUCCUAUUCAAUUUCCAACUAUUCCUGUGCUCUUAGGGCAUGUACGCUUUUUAUAUCAUCCGAAACAGAUUUUUAAUAUAAACUUAAAAUUAGCUCUAGUACCCGAUUAUGUUUGUUAUGAUGCGAAACUAUGCGAUUACCUUACGUCUACAUUUCAUCAUGGAAAUUUGACUUGUCGAUAUGGUUAUGAAAUGAAUCUUGGAUCCGAUGUCAAGGUUAGCGAUUGGAAAUCGAUUAUUGAUUUAGUCAAACCUCAUUUUCACGGCUGUAUUACUCAGCAUUAUCAUGACCUUGAUACACAUGCUUCAUCGUUAUACGCGUGCAAGAAUUCUUCGAAAUAUAUUUCGAAAAGUCGACUCCUUGACGGUAUAUCAGAUUGUUUUUUGAACGAUGAUGAACAAGUAUUUGAAUGGAGUUGUUCAUUGAAUCAUCCAUACCGAUUUCAAUGCUUAAAUGAUAAUCAUUGUCAAUCGAUUUUAUUGCUAAGAAACAUCUGCCACCAAUCUGAAAGACAAAACAAUUUUGAUCAGAUCUUAUUUUAUGAAAUUUGUGAUCGAGCUACCGAUCUGUCUCCAAUGAUUAUCGAUGGAAAAAAUCAUUCGGAUGAGACUGAUUGUGAAUUAUGGCAAUGUGACAAUGUCUACACACGGUGUAAUGGAUUUUGGAGUUGCCCAUAUGGAGAUGACGAAGAAAACUGUACCCGUCCGAUUUGUCCUAAACGUUUUCUUCCUUGUAUUUCACUACAUAAUUCUACGUUGAUUUGUUUACCAGCCAAUCAAGUCGGUAAUGGAAUCGUCGAUUGUUUCGGAGCAUCCGACGAACUUGAAUAUUGUCGGCAGAGCUCUGAAAACGAACAAACUUAUAGAUUUUAUUGUCAAAGUGACAAGAAAUGUGUUGACCACAAGACACUAUGCGAUGGUAAUGAAGAUUGCCUAUUGGGGGAUGACGAAACUUUUUGUAAAGAUCGUCCAGGACUAUGUGACGAAUCGAAUUUCGAUAAUCUUACCGAUUUAGAAUAUGUCUUAUGUCAAAUUGGUUCUGUGGGCACACAUUCUUUUUCAUUAAAAACUGCAUCAAUCAGUCCGCCAUUACCAACUAUUCGCAAUAGUUCUGUCCAUAUUCACUUUCUUGAACAACACAUCACAUUUUCACUUGAGAAUUUUGCACGAUCUGAGAUAUGUAAUUUUGGUCUUCACGUUUACCAUCGGCUUGGAUCUGGUAAUAUUAGUAAUAUAUGUUUUUGUCCACCGAUCUAUUACGGUGAUCGGUGUCAAUAUCAAAAUCAACGUGUUAGUUUGACUAUCACACUGGGAUUUGUCCAGCACCAAACAAUCUAUGCAAUUAUUGCUACUCUAAUUGAAGAUGAUGAAGAUCAACAAGAAAUUCACUCAUAUCAUCAAUUGACUCAAGUGCCGAAAUUUAGAUGCGAACAACCUUUCAAUAUUUAUCUUUUGUAUUCGGUCCGACCGAAGAACACUUCAAAAAAGUACCGUAUCCACAUUGAUGUAUUCGAUAAGACUUCACUGAUUUAUCUAGCAAGUUGGUAUUUAAAAAUUCCAUUUGCAUUUUUGCCGGUCAAUCGACUAGCCAUUUUCUUGACGCUACCAGCUUAUCGUACAUUGCAUUCUGGCAUGUGCCCAUUUCAAUGUUACAAAGGUACUUGUAUGAAAUAUUCUAAUGAAGAACGUUUUUUUUGUCGAUGCUUUUCCGGUUGGUCUGGUGCACAAUGUCACACUCAGAUCGAUUGUAGCAAUUGUUCAUCGGAUUCUAUGUGCGUUGGUUUGAUUCAAAAUCGACCUAUAUGUGUAUGUCCUGUCGGCAAAUUUGGCACACGUUGUCUCCUUAAACAAUCAUGUCCAAUCAACUUUUGCGAAAAUAAUGGUCAAUGUGUAGUAAUCGAUGAUAGACCAGUUGAAGACAGCUACAUAUGCAUUUGCCCCGAAACAUUUUUCGGUAGCCGAUGUCAACAAAUCAAAUCGAAAAUAGAAGUUUCCUUUCACAAUAUGGAUGUUCCAUCUUACCUAUUUGCCUAUAUCUAUUCUGAAAUAAAUUCUGGGCAACCAGAACCGAUGUUUGUCAUGCUUCAGAAAGUGAAGAUGUUUCAAAAUAUUGUAAAGUUCUAUCCUAUGUAUUUGUUUUAUAUAGUUAUUCUAAAGAUAGAUGUUAGUUAUUAUUUGGCCGCUAUUCAACAAACCGACAGGGCUGAUAUAUCGACGAUAAUCAGUCCUGCCCAACGCUGCGUUCCGUUUUAUGAACUGUUCAGUUCUGAAUUACUCACAUUACCACGGAUUCAUCGAAUAAAACAUUAUCAUGUUCCAUGUCAAAAUGAUAUUAAUUUACAAUGUUUUAUCGACGAAUCGUACAUAUGUCUAUGUACUAGAGAACAUCAUAGUAACUGUUUUUUAUUCAAUUUUAAUAUGACUUUCAUGUGUGAAGACGACGUCUAUUGUGAAAACGAUGGAAUAUGUUUGCAAGAUCGGCCAAAAUGUCCGGAAAGUAUUCUAUGUGUGUGUGCCGAUUGUUUCUUUGGCGAUCGUUGUCAAUUUUAUGCCAAAGGUAUCGGAUUGACAUUGGAAGACAUGUUCCGUUAUGUAAUUCGACCUAACUUAACGUUCAAGGAUCAAUCAAUCAUCGUGAAAUUGAGUGCCGCUAUCACUAUGAUCAUAUUUGUAGCUGGUCUAUGGAAUAGUCUCCUUGCCUAUUUGGCAUUUCAUCAGCAGAAAUCUCGCGAAGUUGGUUCUGGAAUGUAUCUUCAUCUAUCAUCGAUCGUUUCAAGUCUUGUGGUUAUUAUGUUGACUACUAAAUUCUGGUUCGUGAUAUUUACUCAUGCUCAUCAAUCGAUUAAUCGUCUUGUUCUUCAUGGAGGAUGUGUAUUACUGGAAAUAGCUCUUAAGCUUUUCUUAAAUAUGAGCAAUUGGCUCAAUGCUUGUGUAGCUAUUGAACGAGUUAUAGCAGUUUUUCAAGGAAUUCAUUUUAAUAAACGACAGAGCCAAUGUAUUGCGCGAUGGAUACUUCGGUUUUUACCAUUCGUCAUUUUGGGUUCGUUGAGUCACGAGUUCAUCUAUCGUGGCUUGUUCGAUGAUUACGAGGAGCAACGUGUUUGGUGUGUAUUUCGUUAUUCUAAAUCGGCUGAAAAAUAUAGUACAGUCAUUCAACUUUUUCAUUUUAUUGCUCCAUUUUUGAUUAAUCUGUUAUCUGCUAUUUUUAUCAUAUACAGCAUGGCACGUCAGCGAGCAAUGUUUCAAACCCGACAGAGUUAUAAACAUCAACUUCUUAAGCAAUUCAAUGAACACAAACAACUUAUUGUCAGUCCCAUUGUUUUCGUCAUUUUAUCAGUUCCUCGACUUCUGAUCUCAUUAUUUUCUGGAUGUAUCAAAGUAUCUCGAAAUCCCUGGUUGUAUCUCUCAGGCUACUUUAUUUCCUUUAUUCCAUCAGCUUUUAUCUUUGCCAUAUUUGUUCUCCCAUCGACGUUCUACAAGAAACAAUUUCGAGAGUCGAUCGUUCGUUGGCAACGACGAUUUUUUCGUUCAUAA